AAGAGAUUGAUUUCCUGCGUCAUCAACGGGAGCCGAAUUUCCACACACGUGUGCUGUAGUUUUGCAUUGGUCUGUCGAUAAUAGCUAGUUCAGCUAGCGAGCGCGUAAGAACUUUCAUAGGUUAACGACAAGAACCCGAGUCAGGAGGCAACAUCCCCGUCUCGCCACGCAGCCUCCUGUCCUCUCCCAUGAGUUUCGUGGAGUAUGCCGAGUGCAUCCAGGAGGGUGACGUGGUCAUCAUCUUCAUGGGCCAUGACUCCAUGUUCCCGGUGAAAGUUCAGCAAGGAGGUCAGACCCAGACGCGGUACGGCGUAAUCCGCCACUCCACUGACCUCAUCGGCCAACGCUUUGGCUCCAAAGUCACAUGCAGCAAGGGAGGCUGGGUGUACGUCCUGCACCCCACCCCGGAGCUGUGGACGCUUAACUUACCGCACCGCACCCAGAUCCUCUACACCACUGACAUCGCCAACAUCACCAUGAUGCUAGAGCUGAAACCAGGCUCGGUGGUCUGUGAGUCAGGGACAGGCAGCGGCUCCCUGUCACACGCCAUCCUGCGCACCAUCGCGCCCAGCGGCCACCUCUACACCGUGGAGUUCCACCAGCAGCGGGCGGAGAAGGCCCGCGAGGAGUUCCACGACCACAAGGUGGGCCACCUGGUCACCGUGCUCAACCAGGACGUCUGCAAGGAGGGCUUCGGGGUGUCGGGCGUGGCCGACGCCGUCUUCCUGGACAUCCCGUCCCCCUGGGAGGCCAUCGGCCACGCCAAGGCUGCCAUGAAGAGGCGAGGCGGGCGUGUCUGCUCCUUCUCCCCCUGCAUCGAGCAGGUGCAGCGGACCUGCGCGGCACUGGCGGAGCAGGACUUCGGGGAGAUCUGCACCCUGGAGGUGCUGCUUCGGGUCUUCGACGUACGCGCCAUCACCCUGGCCCUGCCCGACCUGGGACAGGAGGAUCCCCUCCAGGCCGACCUGGAGACCCCCAGCGAAGGGGGCGCGCCUGCGACCACCAACGCCUCUGCCUCUGUCAUCUGCAGGACCGCCAUGCCGCCCAGGGAGAUGGCCGGCCAUACUGGAUACCUGACUUUCGCCACAAAGAGCCUGGUGUAGAGACUGCUGAGAGGAGUGCUGGAGACUGCUGCUGGCGGGGGGGGGGGGGGGGGGCUGUGCUAAUGUUAGACUCCCCAGCGUCAGAUAUGACAUGCGUGUAACCAGCUCAGUCUGUGGGGGAACUCAACCAGGGAGCAGACCCUGUGAUUACCCCUCAUUACACUGGUGUCUACAGUCAGUGCUAACAUUAUCCUUCAGAGUACUGUUGAUAUGGUGUAUAUACUGUACCUGCACACACAUGCAAUGUCCCUUUAUUUGUACACACACACACACACAAGUUUCAUAAGCACUGUGUCUGAUGCAGAGAGGAUGGGUUCACAGGGGAGGGGUGUGUGAGGAUUGGUGAAAGCAAGAGUCCAGGUGUCUUUAAAGAGGCGGGCGACUAAAAAUGUCCUCAUGACGCCAUCAGUUAUUUUAAUGUGCUUCCUCUGUUAUGCACAUUUUCUUAUGUAACCACAUUUAAUUUUUAAUGGAAAAGUCUUCAGUUGCUCAGUGUUAUUGCCUACUGGAUAAAACCUCAGCAUUUGUUUCAUGCUUAAUUUGUACUUUGGACUUGAAUGGAAUGCAGUAAAAGACCACAAAUUAUGCAUGUUCCUUGAUUCUCUGAAGAUCAUUGAGGGGAGGGGGGGAAGUGUUAACUGUGGAUAUAAAUAUCUAUGCUCUUUUCAGUCUACCGUUUUAAUACAUCAUAGGCAUCUCAUACUGCCGUCCUGAAACUGUGUAGUUUCCACAAUAUAUGAAUUUCUGUUAA